AAUACAUGACAGGGCACAAGGAGAGUCUAUGUCCUUCAGACGCAUAAACGAUUAGGAAUGAACUCUGAAAUCUAGACGUUUUAUAUUAGUUGUUGUUUUUACUGCAGAGCCAUAGCUUAAUACUCAAGUGGGACCAACAGAUGAGCUUAAAAUGAGUUCCUGUUCCCGCUCGUCCCGUGACCGUCACAAAGGAGGCCACACCCACUGCGACUCCUGCUACACACGGCGCUGCAGAGCCCGGGUCGAGCCCUCUGUCUGCUGUCCACUCAGUACCUGUCGCCUCCUGUGUGGGGCGCUCUUCCACCUGUGUAAAGAGGAGGACCACCUGCUGCUCUGUCCCAAUGUCCGUGUCCCAUGUAUCAAUUAUGAGUUCGGCUGUCCCCUCCAGAUGCCCCGCUCGUCCAGGGCAGAGCACCUCCAGUACUGUCCCGCCAGUGUGAUCUCCUGCUCCAUGGAGUGGAACAGGUGGCCCGCUCAAGAUGCUCAUUCGCACCAAAACACAGAGUUACAUGAAAAUCUGAUGAGUGAAAGGGUCAAAGGAGGAUGCUUGGAUUUAGCGAUGGCUUUGAAGGAUCAGGACAGGCUUUUUCACUCCUUGAAAAUGAAAAAACUGUUUCCAGAAUUGACCCAACGAGUGGAGAAGGAGGAUGAAGAGGAGGAGAAGAGGAGAGAGAAAGAAAAACUCAAAAAGGCAGCAAUGACAAAAGAAGCAGCAUUAAAGCCAACAACAUGGCAAUCUUUUGACAAGUAUAACUACACUGCCUUGACUGAGAAAGACUAUGAUGAUGAUGAUGAUGAAGAAGAAGAGGAGGAUAUUUUGGAGGAGUUGUUUGAGGUUGCUCCAGAACGAGAACUGACCCAAGCAGAGAGAGAGGCUUUGGCUUACCAUCAAGGAGUCCAACCAGAGCUUCUGGAAAGCUACAAUGCCUGGGAGCGUAUGUUCAGUAUGGAGAUGGGCGGGUGCAGAGAGGCAGGUGCAGCGCCUGAAACAGCAAAGGGGAAGUGUUUGAGUACUCUGUCAGAGGAAGAUGAGUCCAAUGAGGGGUGUUCAGGAGCAGCAGCAGCUGUGAAUAAACAGACUACUGCUCCUGUCCCAGCUCCUGCAUGCCCCAGGGUGACAAAGAAUUUCACUUAUGGAAAAAUAGAGCCUAUGAAGAUUAUAACUGUGCGCACAUUCAAAGUCCCAACCAGUUUUCAAGCCAGGCCCAGUCGAAUCAGAAACCCUUGGAGCAGAAGGAGGGAGAAUAAGACAGUGGACACCAGUGACCUGGGUGUGACGCUGCAGGACAUGCCUGUGUGGGAGGAGAUACAGGCCUCUCUGCUGUGCUCUUUGGAGAGAGAGCAGCGCGGUCACAUGAUCGCAGAGAGCGUGUCCACGGACGCCCUGCUCACGGACGAGGGCACGCAGACGUACCACUUCCUGUCCACUCCGUUCCGCAGUGAUGCGAGUCUCCGGGACCUGUCUGAGACCAAAACCCCGGAGCUGCACUUGCAGCUGCAGGUGGAAAGUGUGACCAGUCGCCACCACAAAGCCAGCUCCGUGUUCACCUUCCUCUGUGGACAGAGCUUCCAGCGCCGCGAAUACGGCCUGCACUACAAGAACAUCCACAGUGACAUCCACAUGUGUGUUAAUGGCUGGUUUGAACAGCGCUGUCCUUUGGCUUAUCUGGGCUGUACCUUCAGUCAGAGGAGGUUUCGUCCAUCAACGUAUGAUGCUACUGUCAACUACAAUGAAGAACUGGGUUGCUUCAGCCUCCACCCAUCAUCUCCUGUGUCGCGGGACAGUAACAGCACUCAGGAUGCCCCCAGUACUUUUCAGAGCGCCCCCCAGAGGAGAGAGCGUCGAGCUGCAGGGGGAGAGGACCCUCUGAGCUCCCUACCCUACGAGGUGCUGUGUCAUGUGGCCAGUUUCCUGGACAGUCUGUCUCUGUCCCAGCUCGCCCUGGUGUCGCACCUCAUGAGGCAGGUGUGCUCCUCUCAGCUGCAGGACAGGGGCAUGGUCACACUGCACUGGGCCAAGAAGACAUCCUCCAAUGGGCAGGCAAAGUGGAGGGUGACACAUAAGAUUUGGGAGUUCAGCACACUCUUUGCUCCAGUGGACUCCUGGAGGUUCUGUGAUGUCCCACCGCUGUCGGAGCACCUCAGGAUGUGUCCACACUACCAGACAGAGCCCAGGAACGAGAGGGUUUUACUUCCCAAAAUCAGAGAACAGCUCCACAAUGACACCAACUGUAAAGGGCCCACUUUGGUCAGCCUUUUCAAGAACAAUAAACUCAUCAUGUAGAGACUUAAGAGAGGAUUUCUGCUUGAUCGGAAAGGUUAAUUAUGAAAUUGUAUGGAAUUUAUACAAACUAUUGUUUUAUAGACACUAAAAAUGCUGAAAAUUACGGCAAGGUAGAGCUGACACAUGGAUUAAACAUUUUCUACCAGCUUUUUUGUUAUUACGAGAAAGUAUUAAGCUAAAAGGAGAACUUUUUUUUUCGUUAAAACUUAAUUCUUAUAGGUUUUAACAACUUCAGUCUCACGUUUUAAAGACAUCGGUGUCUUGUUUUAACGUGAACAUAAAGCUCAUAUUGGGUGCAAUGAUCAGCGGUAAGUCACUUUACAUCGGGAUCUGUGUGUAGCAAUGCGCAGGGAAGAGCCAAGCCUUAUCCAUGCAUAUUUGUGGUUAUCCCACUUUUCUGCGCUUGGCACAGUCGGGAGCACGCGCGUGUGCCUGGACACUGGUCAUUCUCUCAAAGACGUCAUAUAUUUUGGUUUAUUUUUUGGCCUUCAAGAAAUAACUGGUCCCAAAGCCUUUCAUAAUGUGUAAAUCCAGACCUGCAGUUUAUAGCCCCUGAUUCCCUCUUUGCUCGUGCCACCAAAGAGCGCACAAAUCUUUACUCACAGAUCCAAAACGAGCCGUAUAGGUUUGGGACACGUUUGAGUGUUUUGCUCUGCUCAGCAGCAUGUUUCUGAUACGUGGAGCUGGGUUGCAGCUGCAGUUUUGGUUCCACAUAUGUUCAGCUCCCUGGAGGACAAGGCGCAGGGAGAUCACGUGAUGCGUGCGUCCAGCAUGACAGAUGAACAAACAUCAUGUGCGUGAAAGCAGGCGCGCUCUUGGGAAAUAGGAGGAUGGCGGGAGGGCAUCAGUGGCAGAAGGGGACAUCUUGAGAUCAGAGGCACACAGAGGCGCUCCUAACAAAUCAAAUACGGCUGGUCACUGUAUCCUGUCAUUAAACAUAAACAAAAUGAUAAAUUAUUGGCUCUCUCCCUGUGUAUUGUUACAGAUCGGACCUGCUGAAUGUGACUUGCCCCUAGUCAUAGCGUUGGAUAUGAGCUUCUAUGUUUACGUUAAAACGAGAAACUGAUGUCGUUAAAACGUGAGACUGAAGUCGUUAAAACCUUUCUCGUAAUAACAAUAAAAACAAACAAAACAAAAACGUUAAAAUCCACGUUUGUCAGAUCUACCCUUUGGUAAAAAAUACAUAUAUUAAUUUUGUUAUUAAGUUAUGGUCUUUGAAUGAUUUGUUAAUUGGCUUUUGAUUCUUGAAUUUGCUGUGGAAGUAGGUACCAGAACAACCCGAAACCAUGACUUCUUUUAAGUAGACUGUCUUAAAUGAGUAUUACGCAGCAUAAAAAGGCAAACAGGUGAAAAGCUGAAACACAGACGACAAACAGAUACAAAAGCUGGUCAAUCAGUUUCUCUUACAUAUUACCAUUACAGCUAUAUACCCAUGCAUAAAUGCUUUUUUUUUUUUUUCAAAUUGUUGAUAGAAUAAUAAAAGUAUUGGUACAUGC